AUGGCUAAAUUAUGUCCAGAAUGCGGCGGAGGCGUGAUCGAAUACAAUGAAGCAGCAGGAAACGGAUUCUGUAACCAAUGCGGAACUUUGGUAGAGGAGAACCGUAUUGUUGCAGAAGUCACGUUUGGGGAAAGUGCAUCGGGUGCUGCUAUCGCACAUGGGUCAUUCGUGGCAUUGGGACAGACUCGGGCUCAUACUGGCGGAGCCUUUGGACAUGGGUCUUCAGAGCCAGGAGAGCAAUCAGCUGCCCAUGGUCGUAUGCUCAUCCGGCAACAAUCAUCAGCGCUUCAUCUCGGCGAACAUAUUGUAGAAAAGGCACAACGCUACUACAACCUAGCUAUUUCUCAUAGGUUUAUCAAAGGGCGGAAAUCGGAAUAUGUCGCCGCGGUUUGCCUAUAUAUUGCUUGUCGUUAUUUUAUGCUGGUCAACGUCUUUGUCUUGGGUGCCUAUUACCUCAAGCUAGUUCGAGAGCUCAAAAUUAACUUACCUCUCAUCGACCCCGCUCAUUUAAUCGCUCGUUUUGCUGCUUUACUCGAAUUCGGUGAAGAAACAAACAAAGUUGUUGUCGAUGCGACCCGACUAGUUACCCGGUUCUCUCGAGACUGGAUGACACAUGGUCGACGUCCGGCAGGGAUAUGCGGUGCCUGCCUGCUCCUCGCUGCUCGUAUGAAUAAUUUUCGUCGAAGUAUUCAAGAAAUAGUUCAAGUUGUCAAGAUUGGCGACGAGACAGUCAAGAAGCGUCUUGAAGAAUUUAAGACCACUCCAAGCGCUGCGCUUACUAUGCAUGAUUUUCGUAACGUUAUGCUCGAGGAGGCGGCCGAUCCUCCUUCAUUUACAAAGGGCCUGGAGAAGCAGAAGCACGAGGGCAAGGAAGGGAAAGGGAGGGUUUUAUCAACACCCUCUGGAAAGAGGAAACGAACUCAGGAUGAUGACGAUGACGAUGAUGAAGCGAGCUCCGAACCUGCUACCGCGACCGUUGAUAUGAGUAAGGGGAUUGUCUCACUCGGUUUGGACCACCCGACCAAUGGAAAGACAGAGGCACCACUAUUCUAUCCUUCUGAUGACGACGAGCAGACUGCAUUCAACGAUAUUGUUAAUCAGGACAAAAACGAAGGGGGCGAUGGAAGGGAUGGGUUUGAAAAGAACGAAGGAGAGGAAUAUAAGACGGACGAUACAUUUGAUGAAGAGAUGACUGCAGAAGUCGAGCAGUAUCUUAAUGAUCCCGAGGGUUCUCGCCUCACUGCCGUUCUUCAGCAUGCCGAAAGAGAGAAAGCUGCACGUAUUGCUCAAGCAGAGCAAUCAGAUGACUUGAACAAUCUUGAUGAUGAAGAACUCGAUGCCUUUAUCCUUACUGAAGAGGAAGUGCGGAAGAAAACACGGAUGUGGGUCGAGUUCAACAAAGACUACUUAGAGAGAAUUGCAAUGAAAGGGUUAGAUGCUGAAGAAGGAACUGAACAUAAGCGCCAGAAAAGUCGCAAGACUCGCAAACGUCAAAAGCCUAGAGAUUCGACUACAGCCAGUGGAGAAACUCCCGCUCAAGCGGCGCGAGCAUUGAUGCAGAAGAAAAGAACAUUUUCCCGAAGGAUCAACUAUGCGGCUGUAGAAAAGUUAUUCGAGAAGCCGAGUGAAUCAAACAAAUCCAAGAAUAAGCCCAAGGUAUCGGAAACUGUAGAAGAGCAUGAGGACAAGGAUGAUGACAAUGAAAAAUAUGAUGACGGGGAUGGAGACAUAGAUUACUACAUUGACGAAGGGUAUCAGGAGGAGGUUUGA